AUGACCAAGCACUACCAAUCGACAACCGAAGGAAACGACGGCAACCCCCGCAGGACAGACACAGUGGACGCGCACUCCAGCGAGACGCCCUUCGCGUGGCUACCAGGGGGCUGCCGGCCGGCGGCAUCCGCGAGGCGUGCCGGGCCAGGAUAUGGGCUCGCAGCUCAAGUCUCGCCGCUGACAACGGGCGACUUGAAGUUGGGCACGUCCUCCGGUCAGCGCAGCUACCCGCAGCGAGCGUCGCCGGCCGAGGAAGCGUGUGCCGCGGGGUCUUGA